AUGUCCAUACAAGAGGGGUCUACAAUACUCCUCUCAAAUGACUCCCAAACAAUCUUCGUUCUCGACACCCCGCAUUCAAUCGCGCAGGCGCAAACUCUGAGCUCCCAUCAACUAGCAUCGCACCCACAAUCAAACGGGUCGUCUGAGCCCGCGGCAGGAGAGGAAAGCAAGCAAUCAAGAAAAAGAUAUCUUCUUUCAACGACACCGCUCGAAGCUCCAUAUCCAUCGACAACGGAGCCCAAAACGGCCUCUGCUCGCGCAAAGGUUCUGGCUCGGAUUCCGGAGAGCGAGCGUGUGUUCCAUGCAGCUAUUUUGCCUAUUGUGCAGCAUGCUUUGGGGGUCAUUCGGGAGCAGUUUGAAUCUCCUGGAAACUACUGGUCUCUUCCCCGGCACAUUGAUCAAAAGAUUUCUCCUGUCCGUGUGAAGACGGACUCCGGGGUCUGUGAUUCAGCUUCAGCUUCAACUUCCAAGAAAAGACCGCGGACGGACUCAGUGUACCAAGAAGAUCUUGCGCAUCGGAUCAAGGCUUGCGAUGCCUCAUCGUUAUACGAACCCGAACUAGGGGUAGAAGCUCCAUUGAUCUUAUCUUCUACUUCCCCCAAUCUCUUUUCCUCGACGUCGGAAUUGGACACUAUCGUGAAGAAUCCGUCAUGUGAGCCUGCGACUCUAUCAGUCUCGUCACGAGAUGAGACUCUUGUCUCAGCCUCGACCGAAUAUACUAUCCCACCAAGGUCAACAUUCAUCCUCUGCGAUAUUCCCUUGUCGACACCUAAAGAGUAUGAACGACCACUGGAAGUCAUUCCCGGCAUGCCGGAAGAUCAAAAGUUCAACCUAUUUCUCUUCGACCCACCCUGGCCUAACAAAUCUGUUCGACGAAGCCGACAUUAUCAAACACACCCGUACGCGGAGAUGGAACUGCUCACGCAGCGGCUGGCAGAUAUACUCCACGCCCAUGCAUAUGAAGCAACAUCGCCCCCGACGAUCUCACAAGAACCCGGCACAACACAAUUCCAAACCCAAGACUCUAUCGCUGCAAUAUGGAUCACAAACGCUGAAAAGGCAAGACGUACAGCUUAUACUGUCCUAUCUAGCUCCGGUUUCCACGUUUGUGAAGAAUGGAUAUGGAUUAAAGUGACUGCUACAGGCGAGCCAAUUUGCCCGAUCGACGCACUGUGGCGAAAGCCCUAUGAGAUCCUUGUCAUUGGACGCAGAGAUCAUAAUGUGACCAACCAAUCUUGCUUCUCAUUCCAUGGUUCCUCCGACUCUGCAUUGAAUAAUAUGCACGCGCAGGCGGACGGAGGAGGGGCCUUCGGAACUAAUUCGGAACCCGAUUUCCAGACCCUGCCUCCGACUGGCAAAAAUAUUACGAGACGGGUAAUUGCAGCCGUACCGGAUAUUCACUCGCGCAAACCGAAUCUGCGAGAACUUUUCGAGCGAAUUUUCUUCAAGAAUGUGGUUUCUUCUCCGUCUUCUCAGGCUCAGGACCAGAAUCAGGACCGGGCCCGACCGUACACUGCGCUUGAGGUGUUUGCGCGUAAUUUGACGGCGGGUUGGUGGGCAUGUGGGAAUGAGGUGCUCAAAUUCAAUGAUAGGAAAUGUUGGGUUGAUGAAUAA